UUCCCGCCUCUUAUAGCUUUACUUUGGUUCCAGCCCUCGACGCACGAAAUAUAUUUAUUUGUGAAAUUUUUGAAUUUGCUUGUCAACAAUCAAAAUGGCUUUGUCAUCUUUGUCCACGGGAGUUAUAGCUCGCAUUAUGCAUGGGGAGACAGUGGAGGGCCCGGUGCUGCAGAUUCUGGCAAUCAAGAAGAUCAAUAGCGCUGCGGAUUCAGAGCGCUAUCGCAUCCUGAUAUCCGACGGCAAAUACUUCAACAGCUAUGCUAUGCUGGCUAGCCAGCUAAACGUAAUGCAGCACAAUGGCGAACUAGAAGAGUUUACCAUCGUCCAGUUGGACAAGUAUGUGACCUCAAUGGUGGGCAAGGACGGAGCUGGAAAGCGCGUCCUCAUCAUAUCCGAAUUGACGGUCCUAAAUCCUGGCGCCGAUGUAAAAGUUAAAAUUGGCGAACCGGUAACCUACGAGAAUGCCGCUAAGCAGGACUUGGCGCCAAAGGCAGCAGCAGCUGCUAAUCCCAAGCCCGUUCCCAAAAAAAUAACAGUACACAACAAUAACAAUAACAACGUUGCUUUAAAUUCGUCGAUUAAUUCGGGAAUGACCCAUCCUAUUUCUAGCUUAAGUCCCUACCAAAACAAGUGGGUGAUCAAGGCCCGAGUGACCUCUAAGUCCGGUAUUCGCACAUGGAGCAAUGCUCGCGGCGAAGGCAAGCUGUUUAGCUUCGAUUUGAUGGACGAAUCGGGCGAAAUUCGGGCCACUGCCUUCAAGGAGCAGUGCGACAAGUACUUCGACCUCAUCCAAGUGGACAGCGUGUACUACAUCUCCAAGUGUCAAUUGAAACCGGCUAACAAACAGUACUCUUCGUUGAACAAUGCAUACGAAAUGACAUUUUCGGGAGAAACGGUUGUCCAGCUGUGCGAGGAUGCCGACGAUGAUCCUAUUCCGGAAAUCAAGUACAACCUUGUACCCAUUUCCGAAGUGUCGAGCAUGGAGAACAAGGCGUCGGUGGACACAAUUGGAAUUUGCAAGGAAGUCGGCGAGGUUCAAUCUUUCGUGGCCCGCUCUACAAACAAGGAGUUUAAGAAGCGUGAUAUUACGCUGGUAGACAUGAGUAACUCUGCUAUUAAUCUCACUCUCUGGGGCGAUGAAGCCGUUAACUUCGAUGGACAUGUGCAGCCCGUGAUCCUGGUCAAGGGGACUCGCAUUAAUGAGUUCAAUGGCGGCAAAUCCUUAAGCCUUGGUGGCGGCUCUAUUAUGAAGAUUAACCCAGACAUCCCCGAAGCCCACAAACUGCGCGGCUGGUUCGACAACGGAGGUGGCGACAAUGUCGCCAACAUGGUCUCAGCACGAACAGGUGGAGGUAACUUCUCCACCGACUGGAUGACGCUAAGAGAUGCACGGGCUCGAAACCUCGGCAGCGGCGACAAGCCAGACUAUUUCCAGUGCAAGGCAGUGGUGCACAUUGUUAAGCAAGAAAAUGCUUUCUAUCGCGCUUGUCCUCAAACCGAAUGCAACAAAAAGGUGGUGGACGAGGGUAACGAUCAGUACCGCUGCGAGAAAUGCAACGCACUGUAUCCCAACUUCAAGUACCGACUACUAAUCAACAUGAGCAUUGGCGACUGGACUUCGAACCGCUGGGUUAGUAGCUUCAACGAGGUCGGCGAACAGCUUCUUGGUCACACUUCGCAGGAAGUUGGCGAGGCACUUGAGAACGACCCCUCCAAGGCAGAGCAGAUUUUUUCCGCACUCAACUUCACAUCGCACAUCUUUAAGCUGCGCUGCAAGAACGAGGUGUUCGGCGAUAUGACCCGCAACAAGCUUACUGUGCAGUCCGUGGCUCCUAUUAAUCACAAGGAGUAUAACAAGCACUUGCUCAAGGAGCUGCAGGAGUUGACCGGCAUUGGCUCCUCAAACUAAUUUUCAUGCGCAGCGCGUUUAUGAAAGUAUCCAGUAACUAGAAACUAAUAUAUUCAUAUAAGGUCUUUCCAAAUAUUGUAAAAUCGUGAGUUAUCUCAGUCACUACUUUUUCUAAAUGGGGAUUCUCUUUAGUCUGUAUUCAUUAUUUUUAAAAAGCAUAAUAUUGUAACUUGAUAACAGCUACCCACAAUUAUAAUAAAUAUCAAUUUGUUGCAAAAAA